AUGCCAGCAAUUCAAAGCCUUGAAUCCAGUUCCGUCUCAUCGCGGCGAUGGGCAGCCCUGAGGGCCCGGGAUCCGUCAGCCAAUUCUGCCUUCUUCUACGAUGUCACGACCACGCUGAUCUGCUAUCGCCCAACCUGUCCCGCUCGUCUCGCUCGGCGGAAUGAUUUGAUACAGGCGCAGCAUUUCAUCUCGGUCGCUGUGGUGGAAGGGAAUGAUUGGACGGUUGCGGAGAUUGCUGCAAAGGUUGGACUCAGCAUAGGCCAUUUGCACCGUCUGUUCAAAAAGUAUUCAAAUACUACACCGAGAGACUUUGCCGCCGCGCAGCUCCCAGUACAUCGUGCUCAGAACGAAAGCCAGUUUAUAUCCAGUGGAAGUCUGGAUAAUCUCUCCAUGGGUCCAGAGCCAUCUGUCGUGCAGUCGAUAUCAGAACCACUGUUAUGGCUCCCCUGGGAUAGCUGGACAAGUGAUUUGGAGCGACUGAGUCUGCUACGUCUGGGCCAUCAAAUUCUUUUGACUCAGCCGACGCCUGGACAUGGUUAUAUUUCCACUCUUUUCCUCUUGAAUGAUUUGACAGAGCGGACUAUCAUACAAAUCCAUAAUCACUUCUCUCAACAGCCUCACAUUAUACAGCUGAUCUCGUUGACAUGGGUCCUUAGGCAGUGUGACUACCAACUGUCCGCACAAGUUUUGCAAGUCAUUUCCCUUUCAAAAGACUCUUUCUGUUCUUCCAAUCGGCCCAUCAGCAAACUCCGAGCUCUCAAGACUGAAAUUGAGAUGAAUUCCACAUACGAAAUCCCCAGCGUCACCCCUACCAUACAAAAGCCGCUUGACACAUUCUCCGUUUACAUCAAGGCUGUGAUGUCUUGA